AAAUUCAAAAAAAAAGGGAAAGAAAAUGAUUAUGAAGCUGGGGGUAGAAAUAGCGUGGCAUUGAAUAGGAAUAAGCCCCACAAUUCUUGCCCUGCCCCCUUCACCCUUCAAUGCUUCAGCAGCAGCAGCAAGACCACAUUUCCACAACCUCACAAGACAACACCUCAAACUGACCCCUCUGGGCAUCUUCUCCUCCAAAUGAAGAAAUCCUGUCCUCUUCUCCUCCUUCUCCUCCUCCACAUUAUCUUUUCACCUUCUUUAACUGCAGCUGUAGCAGGAGGUUUCGGUGUUGGGAUCGGGAUCGGAGGCGGAGGCGGAGGCGGGGUGUGGAUUGGUGGAGGGAUAAACACCCCAGCGGCACCACCAUCUUCUUACAAGCUUGAUGUGGCCUACAAGGCCCUCCAAGCAUGGAAGUCCUCAAUCACAGGGGACCCACAUGGGUUGCUCCGCUCCUGGGUGGGCCCCAAUGUGUGCUCCUACAAGGGUGUCUUCUGCUCAUCAGCUCCGGAAGAAGAAGAGGAAGAAGAAGAGCAAGUGGGCAGCAGCAGCAGCAGCAGCACAAGCUCCAGGGUGUCCUUUGUGUCUGGGAUAGACCUCAACAGGGCAAACCUGGAGGGCACCUUGGUGAGAGACCUGGCCGCCCUCACCGACUUGACUCUGCUCCACCUCAACUCGAACCGCUUCUCUGGCACCAUCCCGAUUACUUUCCGAGCCUUGGCUUCCCUCCAGGAGCUCGACCUCAGCAACAACCUGCUUUCCGGCCCGUUCCCGUCGGUCAUCCUCUCCAUGCCCUCCCUCGUCUACCUCGACCUCAGAUUCAAUGACUUCUCCGGGCCUAUCCCUGAGGAUCUUUUUGAGAGGCCGAGGCUCGACGCGAUCCUUCUGAACAACAACAGGUUCCAGGGCGAGAUCCCGGAAUCCAUGGCGCGUUCCCAGGCCUCGGUGGUCAACUUGGCAUAUAAUGAGCUAUCUGGUAGCAUCCCUGCAGGCUUGGGCUUCAUGGGCUCGAAGGUCCGGGAGAUCCUCUUCCUCAACAACCGUUUGACAGGGUGCAUUCCCGAGGGGGUUGGACUGUUCUCCGAAGUGGAAGUGUUCGACGUGAGCUAUAAUUCCCUGACGGGCCAGCUGCCCGACACGAUAUCAUGCCUGGACCAAAUCGAGGUACUGAACCUGGCCCACAACCAGCUCACCGGAGUCCUUCCCAACAUGAUCUGCUCCCUCAAGAGCCUGCUGAACCUCACCGUCGCCUACAACUUCUUCUCCGGGUUCAGCCAGGAGUGUUCCAAGCUCUUCGACAGGAAUGUCGGGUUCGACUUCUCGGCCAACUGCAUUCCCGACAGGCAGCUCCAGCGGCCACCGCCUGAGUGCUCGGCAGGGUCUGGAACUGAGCUGAGCUGCACCAGGAUCCCAGCCGUGCAACCGCUUGUUUGCGGGGCAAUGGCCAUUUUGGGCGGGACAAUUGGUGACCUAACCUCAACUAGUACUCCUCCUUCAUCACCUCCUCCAUAAGAGGAAGGGAAGAAGAGCAUCUCUUGCUCUCUUUUUUUUUUUUUGAAUUUUUUUUAAGGAUUUUUGGUGAUAGGUGAUGAAUUGUAACUGCAAUUAAUAUAGUAAUUAAAGAGCUAGAGCUUCCGGAUAAGUUAUUUAUUUUACAUAUAUAUAUUGUCUUUGUUUUACCCAUUU